UUGAAUAUGUACAGUUAUUAAAGAACAAUAAUAGAGACUGACAAGUUUAAGUAUAAAUGGACAUUUCGAAAAUUUAAGUCAUGGAUCCAGAGUUCCUUUCUAGAUUAAUUCCACAAAAUAAGGAGCAUGUACGACCAGCAUGCAAGAAAUGUGGAUAUGCUGGACACCUUACAUAUCAAUGUCGUAAUUUUAUAAAAGUAGACCCAAACAAAGAGAUUGUUUUAGAUGUUAGUAGUACAAGUUCUGAUAGUGAUGAAAAUUAUGUUACUCCUUUAACUGAAUUACGAGAAAAGGAAUUGAAAAAGAAGCUUCAAGAAGCCAAAAAGAAACACAAAGAAAAGAAAAGUAAGAAGAAAUCUAAAAAGCGUAAAAAGUCAGAAGUAAGUGACAGUGAAACAGAAACAGAAGUUUCCAGUGAAGAAGAAGAAGAAGAAGAAAAGAAACAUAAACAUAAAAAGAAGAAAAAGAAAUCAAAACAUAAGAAACAUAAAAAACAUAAAAAAGACAAUUCAUCAGACAGUGACUGUGAUGACAAGAAAAGAUAG